CUCUCUCUCUCUCCACGCACUUCUCUUAUUUAUCUUUCUCUCUACACCAAACCCACUUCACUUGUCAACAAUAGCUCUUACUCACACUCCAAAAAUGGCAGUGAAGCUCUCUGUGAUUCUCUGCAUUGUUUCAAUUCUUUCCAUCUCGGGCGCUAAUGGUGCCGGCCACCACCAUACAGCUCCGGCACCGUCUGUGGACUGCUCAAGUUUAGUGUUGAACAUGGCGGAUUGCUUGUCUUUUGUUUCAAACGGCAGUACGACAACAAAACCAGAAAAAACGUGCUGCUCUGGGUUGAAAACGGUCUUGCAAACAGAUGCAGAGUGUCUUUGUGAGGCUUUUAAGAGCAGCGCUCAAUUGGGUGUCGUUUUGAAUGUCACUAAGGCUUUAAGUCUUCCUACUGUCUGCAAACUCCAAGCCCCUCCUGCUUCUAAUUGUGGAUUGGCUUUGGCUCCUGCUGCUGCUCCUGGUGCUCUUUCACCAUCUGUUAGUGGUGCUGCUGCCCCAACUGUGACCGCCGGAGCAACUGUGUCAGCACCAGCACCAUCUCCAGGGAAUGCAGGUUCUCGCGGAUUGUCAAUCUCAGUUGGCUCUCUAGCAAUUGGCCUUGUAAUUGCAUCAUUCUCUAGUUUCUGAGUAAUUAUGUCACCCUUUUGAGUCAAGCAGAGGAUUAUAUAAUAUGAGGAACUUAAUUUUGCUUGAAUUUGGUAUUUUGGUGUACUUGCAUUAGUCCUCUCUUAAUGGAGUAGAUAUGAAUUCAUUUUGGGCUCACAGAAGGUUGCUUUGUGGUAUGAAUAUCUUCUUUCAUUUCUGCUAAUUUAUGAGUAUGAACUUUGUUUGGUGAAUGGAAUGUGCAGAGCUUAAAUUUGAAGUGGAUUGGAAGGAUUUCAGCCUUA